CUCAUUUAGUGUAGUUUUGGAUGUUUUACUAUAUAAAUAAUGUGGUUCAAACGAUGGAUCUGCAACAGAGGAACUACGGUUUUGGUAAAUACUCGUCAAUACAUUGUUCUUUUACCAAACAAUGCAUUGAACUAUGAUAGUUUGGCUGUGAGUUAUGUCGUUGUUUGGUAUACGCACCCCAGAUCGGUCGAUAUAUGUUAUAUGACACAACGUGGUCAAUUUGCUUGUGAUGCUAAAUUUUGCAGAAGCAGCAGCAGGACAAAGGCACUACCUGAACCUAUUUGUCAAAACAAAGAGAAAAGUUCUAACUUAUUAGGCUUUACAGUGCACACUGGCAGUGAAAGAAGUUCAUUAGGGUUAAGUUAGAAAAAAAUUCUGGGCCAAACAGUUAAAACCUUAUCUACUAUAUAGCAAUUUGGUCAGUUCAUUUUUAUUUUUCAAAAGCAAUUACGUAAUAUCAUAUUGUAAUCAAAGAGAGACCUCUUCCAAUUUAAAGCAUUCAUGUUUUUGUCUUUUUCUUGCGCGUGUCGUCCUCGCCAGUGUCCUCUUUUCUUCCCCGGUCUUCUGUUGACCGUUUCCUCUUUUCGUACAGCUCCCCUUCCUCCUCUCUCCUUCACAGAGUUAAAAGGGAAGUAGGAGAUUUUGGCCGUAGCGGACUCAGCAGUGCCUUUAGUUCCCCACGUUGUUACAAACUGUCUUCGGGAGAUCUAGUAGGUUAGCUGACGGUCCAGAGAUAUUUAUCUACCCCACAAAACCUGCAGUCAUGAGAGGUCCGCGGCCUGCGGGGGGAUGACAUGCAUGUGUCCAGGCAAUUAACAUCAUUGAGGAUUUUAAGACUAGUAGGCUGCCCUCCGCCAAGCCAUGAUGGACAUUCUGUACACAGGACCUGUCCCGGCAGACCGCGAGUCUCCGAUGACGCGGAGCGAGACGUCCCCCAGCCGCGCCCAGCACCCCUCCCCCACACAGAAACCCAACACCUGCUGCUUCUGCUGGUGCUGCUGCUGUAGCUGCUCAUGUCUCACUGUUAGGAGUGAAGAUGACAAGCGCGGGCGGAGGAAAGCCCAGGAGACAAAGCUGGAGCCCUUUCCAUGGGAAACAUGUCCCAAACCGACGAUGGAGGAGAUUAAACAGUGGGCGCAGUCUUUCGAUAAGCUGAUGAAAAACCCAGGGGGGCGGAACAAGUUUCGUGAGUUCCUGCGGACGGAGUACAGCGAGGAGAACAUGCUUUUCUGGCUGGCCUGUGAGGACCUGAAGAAUGAGAUCAACAAAAGUGCCAUCGAGGAGAAGGCGCGUUUGAUCUAUGAAGACUACAUCUCUAUCCUCUCGCCCAAAGAGGUGAGUCUGGACUCUCGCGUGAGGGAAGUGAUCAACAGGAGGAUGCAGGAUCCCACCCCUCACAUAUUUGAGGACGCACAGCUGCAGAUCUACACCCUCAUGCACAGAGACUCCUACCCACGAUUCCUCAACUCCUCCGUCUACAGAUCACUGGUGCAGGGGGGCUCGCGCUCCUCGUCUGAGUCAUAGACCCUCCCGACCUCUUUCUCUCGCUCUCUUUCCACACAUUUCUCUCCAUUGCACAACCACUCAAGGAGAAAGUGCUCCUUUUUUGUGUCGUCACGGAUUAUAAUCAGUCUUUUCUUUGCUUAGUUCAUUUUUGAGGGAAUCCCUCAAUUCUUCUGAACCUACACAGACUGAAACUGGAAGACACAGGGUUGUAAUGCAGUUUUCAUUUCAUUUCCCCCCCCCCCCCCCCCCGCAUCAUUCCACGCAUAUGUGCCAGCAGCAUCAACUACUGAUUUUCACAGCCAUCCUUUUUUUAUUUUUCACGCAAACAUGCUUUCUUUUCUUCUGGUAUCUCAAGUUGAAGAGAACUGAGAGGGCCUCUGCAAUAACAUACACUGGUGUGGCCGGACCAAUCAACUCUUCUCUCCUCAGCCCUCUGUGCUCUGAUUGGCUCGUUUAGAGAGGACUGGCUGCAUUGUAAAUGAGAGGGAUAGCACUUUUUCCGACUAGUUACACACAAUAAUGCAUUUACCUGCAUUCCUUUAGCACUCAGGUGUCAAACUCAGCUCCUGGAGAGCCACAGCUCUGCACAGUUUAGUUCCCAGUCUGUUUAAACAGACCUGAUCAAACUAAUUGAGUCCCUCAGGCUUGUUUGAAUCCUACAGGUAAAGGCUG